UCGAUUUCAUAGUAAGGAUCGUGAUAGUAGUCAUAAAUGCCAAAAUAGUGGGUUAGUUGUGGAAGGGGAGCAUGAGAGACAAACAAUUAACUUUUAUGGGUACUUGAAUAGAGUGUGGGAGAUGCAUUACAUACUUGGACAUCGAGUUGUUUUAUUCCAAUGCGAAUGGUUCAAUACCGGUAGCAAUAGAACAUUACAUACCGAUACACAUUGCACAAGUAUUGAUGUUAGAAGUCGAUGGUAUAAAGAUGAUCCAUUUGUCUUACCAAGUCAUGUGAAACAAGUUUUUUACGUUGAUGAUACAAAGUUAGGCGGACAUUGGAAAGUCGUAGAAAGACUACAACAUCGAGGAAUAUGGGAUGUACCAGAACAAGAUGGCUUUGAACCUGAAAAUGUAUUGCAACAAAAUGAAACAACUGAUGCUGUCCCAGUGAGCGUUGAAGACCCCGUGACAAUCUCACUUCAUAGGAAUGACAUUGAUCCUCAAAUUAUCCCAAGUGAGGUGGUUUUACAAUCAGUUAGUCGAGCACACAACGAUGGUGUUGAUGAGGAAGAGGGGUGCGAUAAUGAAGAUGAUUACUACGAGCAUUGA